CAUUUGUAUACAGUUUGUGCAUAUACGAAACUUUAUAUAUAUUUUAUUUGUUGUUUGUUUGCAGUUCAAGUGUAUGCAUUGCAUGUGAGUUGUUUAAUGUUAACAAUGCGCACGCUGAGUGACAACAAUUGCUUGACGUGCCUGCUCAAAAUGGACCGUGACAGCGUGCAGGAAAGGCACACAAUGGACAUGAAAAUGGAGCGUCUGUUGUUGCGGCAUCUCAAUUGGCAGCAGCAGGAACUAAAUGCUGAAUUAAUGCCCAAACAAUUGUGCUCGACUUGCCAUCAAUUGUUGCUGAGCUUUGAGCAGUUUCGGGAGCAGGCAAACGAGUGUCGUCAACGGCUGCUGGAAAUGUUAGAGCAGUCCCAGCAAACGGGCAGCUUUGAGUUUGUUUACGAAAAGGAGGAGAAGGAGCAGGAGGAGGAGCAGCUGUUGGAGGAGGAGCAGCAGCUGCUGGCAAUAACAGCAGUUGUAAACAGCGAUGAUCCGUUUGAGGAGGCAGUGGAAACCUGUGCUUCCCCGGAGAAGCAGAGGGAGACUGAGAUGGAGACGGCUUUGAAGAGUCGUCGUCGCUGCAAGGGCGUCAAGAAUAGCUUUAAAUGCACACUAUGUGGUCACUGCUUUGCCCACAGCUUGACGCUGGAGGCGCACGUGCGCAAGGUGCACGAGGGCAACAAGCGACCCUUUAAAUGCGAUCGCUGUGACAAAUCCUACAGCUUUAUGGGCGGCCUCUACACACACAUCAAGGAGCUGCAUAGCACCCAAGCACGCUCCUAUCAGUGUGAUUAUCCCGGCUGCCAGCGUGUCUACAUCAGUUGCAUUGCCAUGCAAAAACACAAGCGUUUAAAGCACAGCAGCAACUCAUCCAAUCCGCUCAACAAUCGCCAAUAUGUGUGCGAAGAAUGUGGCGCCACCUUUAAUCAGACGGCGAAUCUCAAGUAUCAUCGUCGCACCAAGCAUCCCACGGCGGCGGAGGCGGCGGAGAAUGCACGCAACAAUGAGCAACAUUAUUGUGAUGUCUGCCAAAAGCAUUUCCAUUCCCGUUACACGCUCAAAUAUCACACAAUGCAACAGCACUCGGAUGCGGAUGGUGUCCAACACGAGUGCCAGAUCUGUGGACGUCGCCUGGCCAAGAGAUUCAUGCUGGUCCAACACAUGCUGAUGCACACCGCCGACAAGAUGCCCUGCGAACACUGCGGCCGCCUCUUUGCCCGCAAGUUCGAGCUGGAGGCGCACAUUCGUGCCGUGCAUCUCAAGCUGAAACCCUUCGACUGCAAGUACUGCUCCGAAUCCUUUGCCUCCCGCAAGACGCUGCGUCAUCAUGAGUACAUACACACCGGGGAGAAGCCAUAUGUCUGCCAGGUGUGUGGACAGGCCUUCCGCCAGCAAACCUGUCUCAAGAACCAUGGCAAGGUGCAUGACAAGCUGCCUCCCAGCACCAGCAAAUGAAGCAGUCGGAAGACUAUAUUCGAGCUGCCGACCAUAGAAUACACGUUACUUAUUUCAAUAGGAAUUACUAUCUAUUAAAAACUACUGCAUACU